AUGGGUUUCAGCAACAAACAAGCUGCUGUUGCUGCUGCUGCAGCAGCAGCUGCAGCAGCUGCUGCUGUGGCCUACUAUAUUUUUAGGGCCCGAAGACUCCACUGCAGCAGCAGUAGCAAUAUUAACAACAGCAGCAGCAACAACAGCAACAACAACGGCAGCAGUACCAGGAGCAACAGCAACAGCAGCAGCAGCAGCAGCAGCAGCAAUAACAGCAGCAGCAGCAGCAGCAGCAGCGUUGGGGUGUAUAUACACUUCGGGUCGGAGACAGGGACAGCCGAAAGCGGGCCCCCAAAUGUGGGGGGGCCCCCUCAAGGCGGUGCCUUCCAAGGAAAGGGGGGCCCCCAGGGGGGCCCCCAAGGGGGCCCAGGGGGGCCCCCCGUUCAGAGCCCCCCUGGGGGCCCCCAUGGGGCCCCCUGGGGGCCCCCAGGGGCCGAGGGGCCCCUCCCUUUGCGUGUGUUGGUGCUCGCAACCCACGGCGAAGGAGAGGCAACAGCAAGCGCGCAGCAGUUUGAAGACUGGCUGAAGGGAUUAUGCAAGUGGCUGCGGCAGCUGCAUCUUCAGGCCGUACAGAGGCAGGAUUAUGCUGCUGCGGUGUCUCUGCUGCAGCAGCGGUCAGCAGCCGUCCAGCAGCAGCAGGACCAACAGCAGCAGCAGCAGCAGCAGCAGCAGGAGCCUGUGUUCCUGUGUGGGGUGUUCGCUGUCUUAGGACUCUGCAGCAGCAGCUACCCAAGCACAUACAAUGCGAUGGCGUCGCGCACCCACAGGGCCCUGCGGAAGGCCUGCCGCGUGCAGCAGCAGCUGCACGAACUAGCUGCAGACAGCAGCAGCAGCAGCAGCAGCAGCAGCAGCGGCAGCGGGGAGUGCGAUGAUAGAGGAGACACAGAAGCAGCAGCGCAGCAAUGGACGGAGCAGCAGUUGCUGCCAGCUCUGCAGCUGCUGCAGCAACAGCGCAGCAGCAGCAGCAGCAGCAGCAGCAGUAUCAGCACCAGUGUACAGGCUACGGCACGCACAUUGCACAGCGCUACUUACUCCGAUGAAGCAGCAGCAGCAGCAGCAGCAGAAGCAGCAGAAGCAGCUGGAAUGGAGGCGGUGCGUAUGUGGGUGGACCAGCAUAAACCUCCAACUGUAGUAAUUAUUAAACAGGCGGAAGCAAAAACAGACAGCGGAAACGGCACAGCACGAGGCAGUCCCUCGCAGCAGCAGCAGCAGCAACAGCAGCAGCAUCAGCAUCAGCGGCCCUCAUCCACAUCUGCUCGCUUCGCCUUUGCUAUGGAGCCUCUAGUGUUGCUGCGCAGCACCGAUUUGGUGCAGCAGGAGGUGACGGCGGCAGAUCCAGCAGCAGAUGCAGCAGGAUCUGGUGCUGCUGCUGCUGCUGCCGCUGCUGCAGCAACGUCUGACUGCAGAGAGCUGGAGUUUGAUGUCACCUUGGCCCCUCGUUUGAGGUGUCACACAGCAGACACCCUCUACGUGCUGCCUCGAAACAGCAAAGAAGAGGACGCCCUUGCGCUGUACUGCAGCUUUGAAGUGCCCAGCAGGACAGAGCUGUCCGUCUUCAGCUGCUUCGUUGAGGAGCAGCAGCAAAGGAGACAGUGGCUGAGGCUAACUACCGACCCCACGCAAGCAGACACGUUUGCUGCUGCAAUAAGGGGACAGGGCUGGUGUCUCCGCGGGUUGUUUGCUGCGCUGCUACCUUCAAUCAACUUGGCGGCAGCAGAUUUGGGGCUGCUGCUGCUGCUGCUCUCGCGGCACCGCAUGCCCAGGGCCUACACCUUAUCUUCUUCUCACCUGCAGCAGCCGCAGCAGGAGCAGCAGCAGGAGCAGCAGCAGCAGCUGCAGCAGCUGCUGCAGCGGCAGGUAACUCGGACAGCUUCUAUCUGCCUCAACCGCCACCGAACGCCAAGAAAAGACCCUCAGCAGCUGUUGCUGCUGUUGAAGCAGCACGGGAUCUGUCCCUUCGGGUCUGCUGAGGGUUUGCCCAAAGGCAUGCAUGAGGGUCUCUGUUCUUCUUACCUCUUAAACCUGCAGCCGCUCCUUGGAGACAGCAGCAAAGAAGGAGCGGGGGGGGCCCCUGCUGCUGCACUCUGCUGCUGCAAGCCUUCCUGCUUCAAGCUCCCUGCUGGUGCAGACUGCCCGCUGCUGCUUGUUGCUGCUGGCACAGGCGUAGCUCCGUUUGCUGCGUUUGUGCGGCACCUUGCUGCUGUUGGGGGGCCCCACGCAGCAAACUGUCUCUUUUUCGGGUGUAUAGACACCCAGCACUUCCUUUUUAAAGAUUUGUUUCUGGCGCACCUCGAUCAGCAGCAGCAGCAGCAGCCAGAGGUCCAGCAGCUGCUGGAUAUACACCGACAGCAGCAGCAGCAACAGCAACAGCAGCAGCAGCAGCAAAAGCAGCAGCAAAAGCCUGUGCUUAGUCGUCUGUUUCUUGCUCUCUCCCGCGCCAACCCAAACCGCAAGGUGUACGUACAGCACAAACUCAUUGAAGAAAAGGACUUGGUGUGGGGUCUGCUGCAGUCUGGGGCUGCUAUUUACGUAUGUGGGAAGCCAGCGAUGGGGGAGGCGGUGCAGCAGGCGUUUGUUUCUGUUGCUGCUUCUUUUGUUGGUGACAAAAAGGCAGAGAACUUAAUUCAGCGCAUGCACGAGACUGGGCGGUAUAUAGAGGAGUUGUGGGAUUAG